UGCUAUUUCUCCUUUCUGUCAUUCUGAUUUUCUUCUUUGAUGAAAACAAAAACGAAGAGAAACACUGAUGCAUUUGAGAAUAUUGUUUCUGAGCAGACAGCAGAUAUUCGUAAUUCUCUGGCUUUUUCAUUUUUGACACUUGCUCUGAAAGAGAAAGUAAAGUUUCGAUUGCUGGAGUUCAAACAGUGAAAAUGUCUUCAUCAGCUGAAUAUGACUAUAAUUGUCCCGUGUGCUGUGAAAUCUUCAAGAAUCCUGUUCUUUUAUCAUGUAGUCACAGUGUCUGUAAAGAGUGUCUUCAACAGUUCUGGAGAACCAAGAAAACUCAGGAGUGUCCUGUCUGCAGGAGAAGAUCCUCAAGAGAUAAUCCUCCAGUAAAUCUGGCAUUACAAAACUUGUGUGAGUCGUUCCUGGAGGAGAGAAAUGAGAGUCGUUCAUCAGGAUCUGAGGAGAUCUGCAGUUUACACAGAGAGAAACUCAAACUCUUCUGUCUGGAGGACAAACAGCCUGUGUGUUUAGUGUGCAGAGAUUCAAAACAACACAUCAAUCACACAUUCAGACCAAUAAGUGAAGUAGUUCCAUCAUAUAAGGAGGAGCUCAAUACAGCACUGAAGUCAUUACAGUGGAAACAUCAAUACAAUGAAAAAAUUAAAAGAGAGUUUGAGAAAACAGUUCAACACAUCAAGUCUCAAGCUGAGCACACAGAGCGUCAGAUUAAACAACAGUUUGAGAAGCUUCACCAGUUUCUCAGAGAUGAAGAAGAAGCUACAAUCACUGCACUGAGAAAGGAAGAGGAGCAGAAGAAGCAGAUGAUGAAGGAGAAGUUGGAGGACAUGAACAGACACAUCUCAGCUCUUUCACACACAAUCAAAGAGACGGAGGAGAUGAUGAAAGCCAAUGACAUCUGCUUUCUAAAGGAGUUUCCAGUCACGAUGGAAAGAGUCCAGAUCUCACAGCCGGAUCCACAGACGCCUUCUGGAGCUUUGAUUCAUGUGCCACGUUACUUGGGCAACCUGCCGUUCAGAGUCUGGAAGAAGAUGCAGGACAUUGUCCAAAACACUCCUGUGAUUCUGGAUCCAAACACUGCAAAUCCAGAUCUCGUCCUGUCUGAUGAUCUGACUAGUGUGGGAAACAGUGGGAACAAACAACUGCUUCCUGAUAAUCCAGAGAGGUUUGACAGGUAUAAAUGUGUUCUGGGUUCAGAGGGUUUUAACUCAGGAACACACUGCUGGGAUGUGGAGGUUAAAGAGAGUCCAUUCUGGAGUCUUGGAGUAACUACAGCAUCAAACCAAAGGAAGGGAUAUGAUUUCUUUAACACUGAUGUUUGGAGUGUGCGGUACAGAUUGUUUAAGCAGUUUGGUUUUCCUGUUGAACAGUAUCUUCAGCGUGUGAGAGUUGAUCUGGACUAUGACAGAGGAACGGUGUCAUUCUCUGAUCCUGUAACUAACACACAUCUACACACAUUCACAACCACCUUCACUGACACAGUCUUUCCUUUCUUCUGGUGUGGUUACUCUCUGAGGAUCUUACCAUUCAGUAGUCAGUAAAGUUACACCUGUAGGUCUGGAUUGACCUACUUUCAUCUUUUAAUUAUAAUGUUUCUAAUAUUUGUAAUCCAUAUCAUAAAUUUAUUAGAAUGUUUCUCAUGGUUUUUCAUUUUUGAAACCAUCAUUCAGAAAGACAAAGUAAAGUUUAGAUUGCUGGAGCUUAAACAGUAAAAAUGGCUUCAUCAUGAAUAUGACUACACCAAUCAGGUAUAACAUUGACAGUUGACAGGUGAAGUGAAUAACACUGACUAUCUCUAUCAUGGCACCAGUUAGUGCCUACCUACCUAAGCAUUGUUGCAGACCAUGUACACCUUUUCAUGGAAACAUCCCAGAGGAAAAACUAUUUGCUCAUUGGUUGCUUUUUCUAAGCUCAGGAGACAUAGUUGUGAUUCUCCUAUGUUUCUUGAUUAAGUGUCAGCUGUUUAUCAGAUGUUUCUCCUAAAAUUCCUUAGGAGAAACAAAUAUAGACGCAAAUGAGAAAUGUCUAAGAGAGUCAAAACUGAGAUUGUGGUGAGAGAAGCUUGAAUUAUCUCUUUAUUGUCUAAAUUAGGUGUCAGCUUUGUCUUCCCAUGUUUCUCCUAAACUCCAUUAGGAGAAAUAAGAGUAGACACAACUGAGACAUGAGAA